CUAGGCCGCUUCAAUAUGGUGGACGUUAUGAGUGACGACGUGGUGAAUAACGUGCAAAACCAGAAUUUAAAGGAAGAAAAGGCAUGAACAUAGUUAAUUUUUUAUCAGAUUUUUAUAAAUUUCAUUUUUAGCAUUAAAAUAUGUUGUCGAGUUUGCGUAUUUGCAGUUCUAGAAACUUGUAUAAUGUUUCGAUGCGGCCACAUGCUUCUUGGGCGAAGAUGAUGAAGAAAAAAAAGAAUGCUGUCACUGAUGAGAAAACUGUUUCUGAAUUAAAACCUUGGCCCAAUUAUAUUCAGGAUCGUAUAAUAUUAUGGGACAAGUUAAAAGCAGAAUAUGAAGCAGAAUUAGCUUCAAAAUCAGUUACUGAUAUAAAAGUAACUCUUCCUGAUGGAAAAGAAGUUGUUGGCCAAUCUUGGCGUACAACACCAUACGAAGUAGCAAAAAGCAUUAGUCAAGGUUUAGCAGAUAAUACCAUCAUUGCAAAAGUUAACAAUGAGCUGUGGGAUCUGGAUAGACCAUUGGAAUCCAAUUGCAAACUAGAACUUCUUAAGUUUGAUAGCCACGAUGGUCAACAAGUAUUUUGGCAUUCCAGUGCACACAUUUUGGGAGAAGCUAUGGAAAGGGUAUACGGUGGUUGCUUAUGCUAUGGCCCACCAAUUGAGAAUGGAUUUUACUAUGAUAUGUACCUAGGUGAUAAGGGUAUAUCAAAUCUAGAUUUUCCAUUCUUGGAAACCCUUUAUAAAACUAUAGUUAAAGAGAAACAGCCGUUUGAAAGAUUAGAAAUGACAAAGGAAGAGCUAUUAGAGAUGUUUAAGUACAAUGAAUUCAAAGUUCGUAUUAUUAAUGAAAAAAUAAAUACACCUAAGACCACAGUUUACAGGUGUGGCCCUUUGAUCGAUUUGUGUAGAGGGCCACACAUUAGACACACUGGAAAGGUAAAAGCUAUCAAAGUCACUAAAAAUUCCUCCACCUAUUGGGAAGGAAAUGCUAAUGCAGAAUCUUUGCAAAGACUUUAUGGCAUCAGCUUUCCAGACACCAAACAGCUGAAAGAGUGGGAGAAAUUUCAAGAAGAAGCUGCUAAACGAGAUCACAGGAAAAUAGGAAAAGAGCAAGAACUAUACUUUUUCCAUGAACUUUCUCCAGGAUCAUGUUUCUUCCAACCACGUGGAGCGCAUAUUUAUAAUACUUUGGUAGAAUUUAUUCGGUCCGAAUAUAGAAAGAGAGGUUUUCAAGAAGUAGUUACACCUAAUAUUUAUAACAGCAAAUUGUGGCAAACGUCUGGCCACUGGCAGCACUAUGCAGAUAACAUGUUCUCGUUUGACGUUGAGAAAGAAACAUUCGCGCUUAAACCGAUGAAUUGUCCUGGCCAUUGCAUGAUAUUUGACGUACGGAACAGAUCUUGGCGUGAAUUGCCAUUGAGAAUGGCUGACUUCGGAGUGUUGCACAGGAAUGAAAUGUCUGGUGCAUUGACUGGACUUACCAGAGUCAGACGUUUCCAGCAGGACGAUGCACAUAUAUUCUGCUCGGUAGAACAAAUUAAAGACGAAGUGCUGGGCGCGUUGGACUUCUUACGUCACGUGUACUCUGUUUUUGGUUUCACGUUCAACUUGUGUCUAUCCACGAGACCGGAAAAAUAUUUGGGAGAUAUAGAAAUGUGGAAUCAGGCUGAGAAAGCGUUGGAAGAUAGUUUGAACACGUUUGGAGCAGAGUGGACAAUUAAUCCAGAAGAUGGUGCGUUCUACGGCCCAAAAAUUGAUAUAACGAUUAUGGAUGCUUUAAGGAGGCCUCAUCAGUGUGCCACAAUUCAAUUGGACUUCCAAUUACCAAUUAGAUUUAAUUUGUCUUAUGUUAACGAGGCUAGUGAGAAAACGAGGCCAGUAAUCAUUCACAGGGCCAUCCUAGGCUCCGUCGAAAGAAUGAUUGCGAUUUUAACUGAAUCCUAUGCUGGGAAGUGGCCAUUCUGGUUGUCUCCGCGGCAAGCAAUGGUCAUUCCAGUAAGUUCUCACUUCGACGAGUAUGCUUUCGAGGUGAAGGAUAAACUUUGGGAUGCUGGAUUCAUGGCAGAGGUUGAUACAGAUGCAAGUGAUACUUUGAAUAAAAAAGUACGAAAUGCUCAACUUGCACAGUUCAACUUCAUCCUUGUUGUUGGAGAAAAAGAACGCAAAGUUGGUACAGUGAAUGUUCGAACCAGGGACAACAAGGUACACGGAGAAGUUGCUGUAGACGAUUUAAUUACAAAAUUCAAGUCCUUCAAAGAGCAGAAGGAUCAGAAUUGUGAGGAAAUGUUCUAAACGAGCUUUCAUGAACAAAUGGAAUAUUUAUUUAUUUGUAGACCUUAACUUCAAUGGUAUCGGUUGUAACACAAAACCAAUAGAACUAGAAAUGACAUUCUUGAAAAUUUGUUAAAAACAAUGCACGAACCAGUUAAAUAAAUAUAUCACGCUACCGAAAUCCUGUUUCUAAGGAAAUCAUAAAGAAAUAUAGAGUAACUUUUGUAUAGAAUAUUUUACACAUAAUUCCUUGCUGAGCAAGUUAUUAUACAAUUCAACAAGAAGUUACGCAUUUAUAUCGGCGUGUUUUGUUCCAUGACACAUUAGGAAAAUAUAAAGAUGGUAAACGUAGAAAAAGCAUACUUCGCUUUUACUUACUCAGCAUUUUUUCUAAGGGACAUGUCUAUAUCUACUACUGCAUCAAGGAGUUAUCGACGAUAACUCAUUUUACUUAGAGGCUACAGAUAACAUUUGGUUACGUCCAUCUUUGUAACAGAAACAUUGAGUGUACAUCGUAAAAUGAAAUGUUCAUCUCAACGGCUGUGCUCCAUAAUUUAUUGCCGAUACGGUCAAUACGCGUAUUGCUGUAACUGCAAUUAAUGUCCUUUCAAAAUAAACUGUUGUAAAUUGUAUCUCACGUCCUCGUUAACAGAAAAUUGCCGCCUUUUAAAGAUCUCUUGUAACAACCAUUCAAAUAAAGUAGCACGUUCCACUCAAA